AUGCUGCGACUUCCCGCAGCCAUCCUGCUCGCCCUCACCCCAGCGAGGGCGACCCGCCUCCGGCUCGUCAGCUUCAACAUCCACGGUUGGCGCGAUGCGGACCACACAGACAGGCUCAGCGACCUCAUCAAAGCCAUCGCAGCCCUUCGGCCCGACGUGGUCUGCCUGAACGAGGUGCUCUUCCCGUUUGUCGGCCCGCCCAAAGAGGAUCCCUACUGGGAGGCUGUGCGCGAGCGGCGCGGCUACCUCCACGUGCCGCCGGCCGGGAGCAGGCCAGACGAGCGGGACGAAGACAACUAUCUGCGGCGGCUCGCUGCCGCGCUGGGCCUGCCGCACAUUUGCUUCGGGGCGGCUGUCGGCACCGACCCAGAGCCGCGCCCGUUUGCGCGCUGCUUCUUUGCGCAGUACCCCUUCGGCAACGCCAUCCUCUCGCGCUUCCCUCUCUCCGAUGUGCGUCACUCGCUGCUCUCCGUGUCUCCCGCCGACCUGACGUGCGGCGACCAGCCUCGCACAGACAGCGACUUGGAGCACCGCGCCCUCACCACGGCCCGGCUGCGGCUGCCGGGAGGCGGGAGCCUCGGCGUCGCUGUCGCCGCCGCCGUCGAGCGAUGCGCUGGCGCGUUUGGGUCGCUGCCGCAUGUCCUGUGCGGCGACCUCAACUCUUUCAGCAGGGGAGACAUGAGCGCGCGGCAGUGGAGUGAGAUCUGCGCGCUGUACGAGAGCCGCGGCUGGGGCUCGCCGCGGCCCGACUCGCUGGUGCGAGCCGUCCUGCACGCCGCCGGCUACUGCGACAGCUUCGGGGCCAUCCUCCGACCUGCUGUCCUUCCAAACGUGCUGCCUCCCCCGACCUGCUGGACGAACACUCGGCUCGACUACGUGCUCCUCUCGCAGGUGGCGGCGGCCGGGGCGGUGCGGGUGACGGCCCACAAGACGUUGUCGGAGCUUCGCGCAAAGGUCAAGGACCUGGAGGCCAAGAAGCUCAAGGAGUGA